GCGCAUGCUCAGUGUAGUAGCCGGUUAUGGCGGCGGUGUGUGUUUGUCCAUGAGGUGGGGGACGCCUGCUAUUCUUACGGUCUGUGACAGAGCGAUCCGAGCGAGGCGCUGCCAUGGCUGGAGUGUUUGACAUUGAUUUGGAUCAGCCGGAGGAUAAUGUCUCCGACGAUGAGAUUGAGGAGGCGCAGUUCAAUGAUAUCAUGGAUCAGUGCAGUGGAUUUGAAUUCAACAUGGAUGACUGUGAGAAGAUUGAGAUAUCAGAGGACAACGUCAAUCAGGGAACAGAGAAUAUCAGACCAGAGUGCUUUGAGCUGCUUCGGGUCCUGGGGAAAGGAGGCUAUGGAAAGGUUUUUCAAGUAAAAAAAGUGGUUGGAGCUGCAUCUGGCAAAAUAUUUGCCAUGAAAGUUUUAAAAAAGGCUAUGAUUGUACGCAACGCCAAGGACACAGCUCACACCAAGGCGGAGAGGAACAUCCUGGAGGAAGUGAAGCAUCCAUUCAUUGUUGAUCUUAUCUACGCUUUCCAGACUGGAGGGAAGCUGUAUCUAAUCCUUGAGUACCUGAGUGGAGGAGAACUUUUCAUGCAGCUGGAGAGAGAAGGCAUCUUCAUGGAAGACACAGCCUGUUUCUACCUGGCAGAGAUCUCCAUGGCUCUGGGCCACCUGCACCAGAAGGGCAUCAUCUACAGAGACCUAAAGCCUGAGAACAUCAUGCUCAACAGCCAAGGUCAUGUGAAGUUGACAGACUUUGGUCUUUGUAAAGAGUCAAUUCACGAUGGCACUGUCACCCACACUUUCUGUGGCACCAUUGAAUACAUGGCCCCUGAGAUCUUGAUGAGAAGUGGACACAACAGAGCGGUGGACUGGUGGAGUCUAGGCGCUCUGAUGUACGACAUGCUCACAGGAGCGCCACCGUUCACAGGUGAAAACCGAAAGAAGACCAUUGACAAGAUCCUGAAGUGUAAGCUCAGCCUCCCGCCCUACCUCACACAAGAAGCCAGAGAUCUCCUGAAACGGCUGCUGAAGAGAAACGCAUCGUCGCGACUGGGAGCAGGAGCAGGAGAUGCCACAGAGGUGCAGGCUCAUCCUUUCUUCCGGCACAUCAACUGGGAGGAUCUGCUGGCUCGGAAAGUGGAGCCUCCCUUUAAACCAUUUCUGCAAUCAGCUGAAGACGUGAGUCAGUUCGACUCAAAGUUUACCAGUCAAACACCAGUCGACAGCCCCGAUGACUCAACUCUCAGUGAGAGUGCCAACCAAGCCUUCCUGGGUUUCACAUACGUAGCUCCAUCAGUCUUAGAAAACAUCAAAGAACGGUUCUCAUUUGAGCCAAAAAUCCGCUCACCUCGAAGAAUUGUGGACAGCCCAAGAACGCCUCUCAGCCCUGUAAAGUUCACAGGGGGGGAAUGCUGGGCCCGGAGCCCCCUCCUCCCUGGAGCUGGACCGAGUGUCCUGCAGUCCCCACAGGACCAGGCCAUGGAGCUGUCCACACCAGAGCAGAUGGACGUCACGUCAAACUCCGAGGCCUCCGCCCCUCUCCCCAUCCGUCAGCCUGCCGGGGUCAACCUCGCUCAGAUGAAGCAGCAGGCCUAUCCUGUCGUGGCCAAGCGGCCCGAGCAUCUACGUAUGAACCUAUGACCCACCGCACCUCUUUAGGAGAGUUUAUUUCUUGACGUUUUUUUUUUUUUUCUUUGUUGACAUUUUUUAAGAAACAAAGCAAAAAAAACCAUAAGGAUGUUAGAGACAAUUAAAUUCUUAAAUUGCACAUCCGCACACUACGUAUACUGUCACAACCUGGAGUCUGUGCGUGGGCCUGGCACUCCAGCGUGCUUCAGUUUAAGUGUUACCGGCAACAUCACCAUCUCACCUCUUCUCCGACGACACCUCAGGUCUCGCGACCUUCGUCCUCUGAUCCACUCUCUGAUAUAUUGAACUGGAAAUGUUCUUUUGGGAGCUACUGCCUUUUGUUUGACUGGGAAAUCAAAGGCGUUGCUGUAUCACAGUGCAUACAAGCGGUUUUAAUCUAAUAUGCAGUCAACAGAACAAGAUGACGUUCAAAGCGCUUUCGGCUAUUUGAUAGAAUGCCGGCAAGGACAUACGUUCCUGCUAUGGGGAGAUUCUGACAGUGUAGACAUAAAAACUCCCUGCUUCUGAACAAAAUGAUAUUAAUUAGGCUUA